CUCAGCUAAACAUUAUUUUUGACAACGCUCCUCCGUCCUCCCUGUUAUCAGGCGCGCGACGCGUUGUUUUUGUGUGUGCGUGACCGAUCGCGUCCAUUUACCCCGUAUCUCUGAAACGAUAUUAUAAUCGUAUGUACAUUGUACAUACAUAUAUGCACAUAUACACAAUCGUUCACAUACGCGUGCGCGUGCAUUUAUAUGUAUAUGCAUUGUAUUUAUUUUAUUUACAUAUCUGCAUAUAAUAGACGAGCAUUUUGUUUUUCGUUCCUAUAAAAAAGUUAAUAAAAUGAGCAUUACUGUGGCAGUGAAUGCUACGGAUAGUAACAACGGACCGCAGGCCGUUUGUCAAUCGGCGCAGCACAACAAUUGCAGCGAGUAUAACGGCGGCGGCGACGGUGGUGACGACAUGGCUGUUUUCAAUCACGAGCAAGACCAACACGAACAGUUUGAAAAAGAUUGCAGAAACCAUUCAAAUCAGAAGGACAAAGAUUGUUGCUAUUCUUACCAUGAAUAUAUAGGAAAUACUGAAUUGAGUGAGGAUAAUGAAAUUCAAAAAUGGGAAGGUAAAUGGAAUUCUCUUAUGUCCUAUAUCCGUACAGUAUAUCGAAUGGCUAUGGAUGGUGUAGAAGUUGAACGUUAUCCACCACAUAAUAUAUUUAAGGAAGCAGCUUAUGAAUCUAAAAGUUGUGAUUCAUACCAUGUAUUUCAAAAUGUUGAAAAUCUUGUUAUGGAAUUUGUAUUAGAAGCUAGGGCUAGACAAGUUCAAAUACUCGAAAAAAAUAACAAAGAUAAAACAGAAAUGCCUCAAGUUUUUGUAUUUUGUUUAUUGGAUAGUUAUAGAAGGCUAAUGGCAGCUACUGAUCAUUUAAAAGAUGUUAUUAAACCUAUUGAAGAAUAUCAUUUAUCGAAAUUUAAUUUAUCUUGGCGAAUGAUGAAUCAAUAUUUAUAUCACAGUCGACUUUAUGCUGAUAGAAAGAUAUAUCACCUUGUUACUACUUUUAUAGAACAAAUUUUAUCAUUGUCAAUAUUAUCAAAAUCUAUAUUAAGUGCAAAUUUAAUUCAUGAUUAUACUAAAUUUGUAAAAGAGGUAAACCAUAACAUAUCUGAAUGGGCUGAAACAAGGACUUGUAUUCAUAAUAUCAAGUGCAAUGAUUUUUUGGGAGCGAAAAAAUAUAAAGAAACUAUAAUUAAAGAAGAAAAUGGUUUGUAUCCUCUUUCACCGCCCUUACAUGAUGAUUUUGCAAUAGAUCUUACUAUUCCAACUCCACCUCAAUCACCAGCUCCUGAGUACCAGGAAAGUGUAGAAACUGAUGAAUGUGAGGAUAUUGAUGAUGUUAAACGUUCUAAUUAUUGUGAUUGUAUACAUGAUCACCCUACUAUGAAUUCUCAACCAAAUUCUUCUGUAGAUAUGCACCUGUAUGCUCAUAAUGAACAAUUUUCUAAUUCACAAGACAAUUCAGAAAUAAAUUCACUUACUUUUUCAUACUCUAGUAUGAAAGAUAAAAUGCUGUUUUUUUAUAGCACUGAAACAUUAACAGAUGAAGAUGAAAAGAUAAGAAAUGUAACCAAACAUCUUGUUAAAAAGGUUCUUAAUUCAGAUGCUCAACUUAAGUCAAAAACUGUGGUAAAAUGUCCAUCAACUAUAGACAAAAAUGGGAUAUGUAAAAUAGAACUGGAACAGUUACCUAAACGACAAUAUCCAUAUCCACAUGUUAGUAAAUCAACUGAACCAGCAUUAAAACCAAAUAAUCGACAGGUUCAUGGCCAUUCAUGUCAUAAACAUACUGAACAUGUGAAACGUAUGCAUCAUCAUGAUGAAACAUCGGAAUGUAGUUCAGGACGAUCAAGUCAAGAUGAUAGUUGCUCUGAACGUUCUUCUUCAAGUCCAAGGCAAUGUGAUUGUUGUUAUUGUGAAGUUUUUGGGCAUGGAGUUCCAUCAGUUGCACCAGUUAGUCGAAAUUAUCAAGAAAUGCGAGAUCGAUUAAGAAACCUUUAUUUAUUAAAAAAAGCUAAACAAAAUGGUCAUUCUAAUAAUGAUUCAAUUAAACAUAAACAAAAAGAAACUAAUGUUCAUAGAUCACUUCCUGUUCAUUCUCCUACUCAAGUUUCUCAAUCCAGUGAUAAAUUCGGUGCUAAUAAAAGUGUUCAACUAAAAAAAAAAGAAGAAUCAACGAUAAAUUCUAAUAUAAAUGAUAAAAUUAAACUAAAAAAAGAUAACAAUCAAGAACUAUUUGAUAAACCUAUUGAUGAAUUAGUUAAUUUUAUUGAAGGAAAUAAAGCGACUAAUGAAAAAAGAGCUGCUAAAAAAGCUAGGCGUAGAGAGAAAAAAGAGGAAAUGGAAAGGAUUAAAAAAGAAGAAGAAGCAGAACGUAAAAGAAUAGAAGAAGAAGAACAUAAAAAACAAGAAAUCGAAAAGAUAAGACGUGAAGAAGCAUUAAAAAAAGAAAAGAAAAAAGGAAAAAAUCAAAACAAACAGCAUAAAAAUAAUCAACAAAAACAAGCUACAAAUUCUAAAACCCAACAAACUGCCAAACAACAAAUACAACUAAAUAAUACUCAGUCGUCUAAAAAGAAAAUCGAUCAAUCACAGAAAAACAAUAAAGAAACUGUAAUAACAAAAAAAGAUGUUAAAUGUAAAAACGAUAAUGUGGAAGGUGCCAAAAUGGUAACAAUAAAGAGAGAUUCUGAUAGUGCUAAAGUAACUAUUACUUUUAGAGGAGCUGUAGAAGAAGAUGUUGUAUGCACUCUAUAUGAUAAUGAAGCUAUUAAAGCAAUUCAGAGAUUAUGUGAUAAAAAUAAACAACCACAAGAUCAAAUAGAAGAAAAACCUAUCAAAAAAAGAAGUAGGAACCGUAAAAAGAAAGUAACUGAACAACUUGAAUCUAAACCUCAACCUAAACCAGUUGAAAGUGUAUUAAUUACUAAUAAAAAUGCUCCAAAACUACCAACAAAUAUGAAAUGGUAUUGUUCACCAGAUGUAAAUAUUACACCAGUGCCAAGUUCAACAAAUUCUGUGCAGCCUCAAUCUAACACUGUUUUAAUAAAACGAACUAAUAAUAAUCAAGUGUUUACACGUUCAAUGCCACCACCUUCUCAGCCAAUGCCACUUACAAGUCCAACAGCUAUACAAAUAAAUGAGGCAGUUAAUAAAAUAUGUUCAUCUACAGCUCCUAUUGAUAUUGAUAAACUACAGUUACCACCUAGUAUUACUAUUACAAAACUUGAUCCUUGUGACUAUAAACCACCAAGAGACAUUCAACAAUCAUCUGAGAAGUCUAAACCUACUGGAUUACAAUUUCCAUUUGCUUCACCCACUGUAGUGACACCUCUUACAAUGCAACAAAAUGCUCAAAAUAUUGUAGUUAGGACUGAUGGAUAUGAUUAUGAGGGAACAACAGAAUGGAGUGGUGCAGCAAGUAAACGUCACAGGCGCCGCAAGAAAAUCAUAGGAGGCAAUUUAGAUGAUUCAAAUUCUGAAAAUAUUCAACCAGGUUAUACAAUUACUAACAAAACAACAACAAGAGAUCAAUGUAAUGAAGAAGGUAAGACCAUCGCUGGACAAAUUCCAACUAACACACCACGAUCUAUGCCGCUGCCAGUGAUUAUUCAAAGGCAUGGCGGUAUGGUUACUAUAAGAAACCCACUGUACCAGCGCAAUGAUGAUGCAAUCCUGACUGAAAAUAAUGAUUCACGAAAUGACGGUGGCGACGACGAUGACGCCAAUCCAUCUGGUAAGCGGAGACGUCGCCGCCGUCGAGUUAAGGGCGGCUCCAAACAGGCGGAUGUUGAGGAAAGCGUGUUCGAGCCAAAAGACAUAGACCUGGAGGAUGGGGAGAUGGAUGAUGAUGAACGAGAAUUAGAAGCAUUUAAGCGGUUUUGUUUGCAGUCAGUACCUCCACAACGCAAAGAAAAGGUACAUCUGAACAUCAAGGACAUUGUUUUGAAGAAAAAAAGUACUGCCGCGGCAACAGCUGCUGCAGUUGGAUGUGUGUAACAUUUAAUUUUGCUUUUUUUUUCAAAUAUGUUGUGUUCUUAAAUCCCUCAUUUUUUCAUUACCAACUGUAAAAUUGUGCAGUGUUUUAUCAUCGUCUCUCUUUUGAAAAACAUAUUUUCCUCCUUUUUUUUUACUCAUCGGAUGUGAUCCAUGUAUUAAGUUAAACUUACAAUUAAGUAAUUUUUAAAGUAUAGACCCAAACUCAAAUUUUAAAUUUUUUUUUUUCUAAAUGUUACUAUGCAUGAUAUAAUUUGUGCUCUCUUAUUGAAGUUUCAAAGAAAUGUAGAACCAAAACCAUUGAGCACAUUUAAAAUUAUUGUAUAAUAUUAUAAUAAA